AUGUCACAGCCAAAAGUUAUCAUAAUCUCCUCUGACGAUGAGAAAUUUCCAGUCGAUGUCAAAAUAGCUGAGAAGUCUAUUUUGAUUAAGAAGAUGAUUGAAGAUUUGAAUCCUGACGGAUUGGAAGAAGAUUUCGAAAUUCCAACACCAAAUGUAAGAUCAACCGUCUUGUCUAAGGUAUUAGAGUGGUGUACCCACCAUAAAAACUCUGUGUUUCCAGACGAUGAUGAUGAGGAUGCAAGAAAAUCAGCCCCAGUUGAUGAAUGGGAUAAGAAUUUCUUGAAGGUUGAUCAAGAAAUGUUAUACGAAAUAAUCUUGGCCGCUAACUACUUAAACAUCCGUCCCCUUUUAGACUCGGGCUGCAAGAUAGUUGCUGAGAUGAUCAGAGGCAAAUCACCAGAAGAAUUGAGAAGAACUUUCAAUAUUGUCAAUGAUUUCAGUCCAGAGGAAGAGGCCGCUAUAAAAAGGGAGAAUGAAUGGGCCGAAGACCGUUAG